GCGUAAUGUGAAUUGAGCGGAAGUUUGUUGGAUUACCUCUUCACGCUAAUGCCUUCCGCGGAAAGCAGACUUCCGGUUAGAUCAGUUCUAGUUCUUGUGUGUGUGUGUGUGUGUGUGUGUGUGUGAUAGUGAUAGAGAGAGGUGUUUGUUAAAAAACGCGGUUCAGUAUCAGUUCUACUUUUGCUAGUUAGCAAAAAGCUUCGCAGCUAACGUGAAGUAGGUCGCUGACAAAAAGCCAGAAAGUGUCGCAACGUCAGGGAUGGCAGAGUGACAGCAGUGAUUAUUAUGACAUCAUAAUGGUUUAGAAGUCAAGUAGUUUAAGUAGUGGUUUAGUAGGAGAGUUAAAGUGACCAAGAUGCUGCAGGGUCCGCAUGGCGGUUCUGAGCGCGAUAAACCGCUCGCUCGCAUUCCCUUUACUGUUUUCCUCUUGGGCACCGUGUUUCUGCCUUUUGCCGGCCUCAUUACCUGCGUCGUGCUUUCAAUGAUCUGCAAUUACAACGAAGCCACGUACACUCACUGCCAGGUUGACAACUACCUCCCCUCUAUUAGCGCAGCCAUUAGCCUCACACCGCAGCGUUACAUCUGGCGUUUCUGCAUCGGUCUGCACUCGGCCCCACGCUUCCUCAUAGCAACAACUUACUUCAACUUUUACAGAGGACGCUUUGCUAAGCAGAUUGUGGAGCAGAUCCUGAACGCCUUCACACUCCUCUGUGCUCUCAGCGAGAAUGUGGGACUGCUGCUGCUUACAUAUGUCUGCUCUACUGAAACCUACAGUCUGCACAAAAAUGGCUUCAUCACAUUCCUCACCAGCUCUGUGCUCCACAUGCUGUGCACCUGUAGGCUGUGGUAUGUGAUAACAAAGUACACCAUUAGUACUGAGGAGAUGACAUCAUACCGCUCCAAGGUCCGCCUCUUCCUCUUUAACAUUAUCAUAGCCUUGGCUGCUGGUUACUUCUUCAGGCGCCACAACAAGUAUUGUGAACCAGGAAUUUACACAAUCUUCGCUGUAUGUGAGUACCUGGUAGUGCUCUCCAACAUCGCCUUCCAUAUGACGGCCUAUUGGGACUUUGGGAGUAGAGCAGUGAUGGUGGCAAUGCCAGUGGAGAGCAAAUACAUCUGACACAUCUGACAGCAAAAACACAUGCACGUUGGAACCACAUUAUUAUGAAACCAACUGUGGAUCUGAAUACAUAGAACCAUUAUUCUUGUGCUGGGGUGUGUGUGUGUGUGUGUGUGUGUGUGUGUGUGUGUGUGUGUGUGUGUGUGUGUGUGUGUGUGUGUGUGUGUGUGUGUGCGAGUAUGUGCAUAUGUACGCCAUUUUAAAAUUUCUUUACAAGAAUGUUUUUAAUUUUCCCAACACUCAAAAUGUACUGUAUCAGUGAUUUGUGGGGGUUUUCUUUUGUGCGUGUGAUUUUGCACUGAUCUGAAAGCGUUUUAACUCAGCAUAUUUAAUAUGCUUGAAAAGAAAGGGUUUAUAAAAGAAAUUACACAAUUGAUCUAAAGUUUUGAAUUAUUAAUAAAACACCUCUGAUGAUCUGUA